AAAUUAAAAAAGAAAAGGAUGCGAGAAGAAAUCGGCAUAUGUGUACAAAGAGGAAGAGCGUCAAAGAGAACGGAGGGACGUAUUAAUGGAGGAGAGAGGAAACGAGAGAUGGAGCGCUGCGAUCGCCAAUCUAUCCGAGAUAUCUAACAAUCUUGAUUCCCUCGAGAACUUACUCAUCAAGAAAGCUGUCUACGUCGAUGAAGAUACUUUUAACAAAGCCUCCUUAAUCUCCGAUCAAGCCCGUACUAUCAAGGUUCUUGAACAAAGGGUAGAGACUUUAGAAAGAGAGUUGGAUGCUGCCAUUUCAGCUGCAGCUCGUGCUCGGACAGAAAAACGACAUGCUGAAGCAGGCCAAAAGGCUGCUGAGUUAAGAGCACAAGAAAUCACCAAGGAGCUUGAGAAUACCACAAAAGUGUUUGAAUUGCACAUGGAAGAAUUAAGAGCAAAACAAGAUGAGAUUUUGAAACGGGAUAACGAGAUUAAACUUCUAGAAGCUAUAAUUCAGACACUUGGAGGAAAAGACUCAACUUAACUCUCUAGCAGAUAGUAAUGUGAUGACAAGAUUGCCCCUCAUACCUACUUUGGAUUUCUCAGUAUCCUUAUUUAUGUGAUUUGGUUCGUAGAAUGUUUCUUGAAUGAAUAUUGAAUAAAAUAUGUCCUUUAAACAACUCUCCACCCUCAUUAAGAAUUAGGAAUUGUGAAAUCUAUCCAACAUGGAAUUUAAAAGAUUCCCACAGAAUUGAAUUCCAAAUACGUCCUGUCCUGGAAUGGAAUUUUGAAUUCCAACUCCGUCCAAAUCAGUAAAGUCAGUAAUGCCUGGUUACAACUUCACAUUUGGUAAGUUGAUAUUUCAGGUUAGCUUUGAAUUUGAUUGAUAAUUGCAUAUAUAAUAUAUUUAAAUUCCCCCUUUUAGUAGUCUUUUAAAGUGGAAAGUAAAUUAUAAGCAAGAGGAUGGAAAUGCACUUUUUUCUUAAAUUUAAAACUAAUUUUUAGUU